AUGAGUGAAGGCGAGGGCACGGUGUGCGUCACAGGGGCCGCUGGAUUCGUCGGAUCAUGGCUAGUGAAGCGUCUUCUAGAGGAGGGAUACGUCGUGAGGGCCACCGUCCGAGACACAAUGAACAUGAAGAAGACAAAGCAUCUUCUUGAUUUCCCAAAGGCAAGUGAGAGGCUAACCCUAUGGCAGGCUGACCUUAGAGAUGAGGGAAGCUUUGAUGAAGCUAUCAAAGGUUGUCAUGGAGUUUUCCAUGUUGCCACACCAAUGGAUUUACAACCUAAAGACCCUGAGAACGAGGUGAUAAAACCGGCUGUUAAUGGAGUAUUGAGCAUUAUGCGUGCAUGCCUCAAGGCCAAAACCGUUAAGCGCGUGGUCUUCACUUCAUCAAGUGCGGCUGUUUGUAUUGGGGAGCAACAAUCCGAUUAUUAUGAUGAGAGUUGUUGGAGCGACAUUGAGUUUUGCACGCGUUCCAAGCCAAACGGAUGGAUGUAUGUUGUUUCGAAAACACUUGCUGAGAAAGCUGCAAUGAAGUUUGCUGAGGAGAAUAACAUGGACCUCGUGACAAUUGCACCCUCUAUAGUUGUUGGGCCCUUCAUCGUGCCAACCAUGCACAUUAGCAUACUCAUUGCCUUAGCCCUUAUCACAAGAGAUGAAGCUCUGUACUUCAUUUUGAAACAGAAUUGGAUGGUACAUUUGGAUGAUUUAUGCAAUGCUCAUAUCUUCCUCAUGGAGCAUCCUGAUGCCAAGGGUCGGUACAUUUGCUCUUCGCAUGAUUUCACCAUCAUUCAGUUGUCGAAAAUGAUGAAAGAAAGAUACCCCGAGUAUGACAUCCCUACUGAGUUUGAAGGCGUUGAUGAGACAGUAAGACCCAUAAGGCUCCCAUCUAAGAGACUUGAAGAUCUUGGAUUUGAGUUCAAGCACACAAUGGAGGAAAUGUUGGAUGGGGCGAUCAAUUCAUGCCGUGAGAAAAUGCUGAUGCCUUUCACUGCAAUGGAGAGAGAGAGAGAGAGAGAGUGAAUGAUAUGAUAUGUUAUGAAUGAGUG